UCAAUCAAAUAAUCCAAUAUGGCCGACUGCUACAAGCGGAGGUGCUCGCGGUUAAUUUUUACUAAAUUUCUGUUUAUUUCGGUAGUUGAAUAGAAAAAUAUAUGGUCUUACUAUAUGAUGUAAGUCAAUACGCCUAAUGAAAACGUUAAUGUAUCCUGAAGAUGCCAGUUAAUUUAGUUGAAACGAAAAAAGGAGUCGAAAAAGCAAAGUUUUCACUGUCCUUGAAUAGAAAUGCAACUUAUCUGAGCAACGAAGACCGACAACUAGCAGAUCCGAAUAAGAAACCUGUGCCUGGCAAGUUCGGAAAUAACGAUAAUAAGGAAAACAGGCCGGCGAAGCGGCCAUUCAAAGGCACUUAUAACAAUACUUUGAGUUCGGCUAAAAAGCUAAAGCCACUUACUGAAUCACCUAAGCCACCAGUAAUAAAACCUGCACCAGAAACAGAGCUGAUAGUACUGAAAGCGCCUGUGGCAAGCGCUGACAUGUUGAAUGGUCACCACAAUGACAACCAGUAUGGGACGCAGCGCAAGAUACCCAUUGCCACCCUGUCUAACCUCGGCAACACUUGCUUUCUCAACAGUGUGCUCUAUACCUUGCGAUACGCUCCGAGAUUCCUCCACAACCUCCACCACCUUGUGUCAGACUUGGCCAGUGUGGAGCAGAAGCUUGGCAGCAUACGACUGAAGAGUUCCUCGCUCGGAAGAAGCGCAGCUGGUCUAGCUUCGUCCGGUGCCAGGUCCUGGAGCAGCAAGGAUCUACUCUCGCUUGGACAAUCAGAUAACUGUUCAGAGAAGAGUAAAAUAAGGAUAGCAACGGAGAAACUCCACGAGACCUACCUUAACCUACGGGCAGCAGAGAGCAAGUGCUUUAACAGCAACUCGUCCGACGCGUCGCCCGAGCCCUUCGCAGCUGACGCCUUCCUUGCGGCGCUGCGAGACGUCAACCCCACCUUCGAAGGCAACCGGCAACAAGAUGCCCACGAGCUGUUGGUGUGCAUCCUCGACAACAUCCGCGAGACGUGUCGCGCGCUCAGCGACCGCGCGCGGUUACACUUGCCCGAGAACGGAGACAGUAACGGCAUCGGUCGGCAACCAAGCCUUGACGGUGACAGCAAGCCCGGGCUCGGCAACCUUCGCAAGUCGUGGAAGAAACGCAAGGACGGAAACAAAAGACAUUCGCCCACUGAAGACAGGGCGCCUUCCCCGGCCGAGCCCGACCACAGGCCCGGGUGGGACUUCAUUGCUGACGACUUUGAGGGCACGAUGGUGGUCCGUACAAUGUGCCUCGAGUGCGAAGCGGUAACGGAGAAGGCGCAAGCAGUCCUCGAACUGUGUGUGCCUGUAGGCGAGGAGGAUGCUACAGACUCCGAGCCCUUCCGGGCCGCCUGCCUCACCAGCGAGUACCUAAGGGAUCAGAACAAGUAUUGGUGCGAACGCUGCCUCCGCUACAACGAAGCGCGGCGCAGCGUGGCGUACUCCCGACUACCUCGAAUUCUAGUUUUCCAACUAAAAAGGUUCAGCGGCGGCAUGGAGAAGAUCACGCGGCACGCGCCGACGCCAUUACUGAUGCCGUGCUUCUGUGAGGUGUGCGCGCGCCGUCCGCAGGACCAGGCGCCCAGCCACAGCUACGUCCUGUGGGCGGUGAUCAUGCACCUGGGCCAGUCGCUGUCGGGCGGGCACUACGUGUCGUACGCUCGGGCGGCGACGCCGGGGCCGGGGGCGGGGGGCGGCGACGCGUGCGCGCGAACGGCCGACGCGCCGCCGCAGCCUAGCUCCUUCAUGCGCACGCUGUUCCACCGGCCCAGGCAGCAGACGCCCGGCUGCGCCGCUAAAGAGUGCUGCGUGCCGCGGCCUCGGGCCUCGGCGUCGUGGCUGGCGUGCGACGACGAGCAGGUGAAGCCCAUCUCCAACCAGGAGUUCCACGACCUGCUCUCCGCCGAGCCCAAGGUGCGCUCCGCCGCCACGCCCUACCUGCUCUUCUACGUCAAGAGCGAGGACGACUAGUGAACGAGGGUUGAAAGGUUUAUAGUGUAGGUGGCCUAAACGCCGGUGCCGUACUCACGGUCCGUGCGCUCGAGGAAGCAGCUAUGUAGCGGGGAGUAGAGUUGUAAUAGAAUAAAUACGGCCAAUAUUAUCUGAGAGCCCGGCGGUUGAUAAACUUUUUGAGAAUUGCAUUACGAAAUGCAGAAGUUGGCUUUCGGGGUCGGGUGUAGGGGAUUGCUUCCGCUGCUUAAACGCCAACCUCGGUUCCUAGUUCAAACUUUUCUUUAAAAUGUUGCAUCAAUUUUUAAUUUUAAAAGUAGAAUGGCGCCUCUAAAAAUACUCAUAAGGUCUUAAAAAUGCUCACCAUGUCCAACAUAAGUGCACUUUCUCACACUGUUUUACUAAAAAACAUUCAACCUAAUUGAGAACCUCCUUUUGGAAAUUUGAAGUCGGUUAGAAUAAAUAGUCUUUCUCUAAAUGUUGCACAGUCAGAUGUGCUAAUUUUCGGAACAAAAAACUUAUUGAUACUGGCAGUUACUAAUUUCUUAGUACAAAUUUAACAUUGCACUGUUAUAAAUUCUAGUUUCUGACAAGGGAUUGCCAUACAAUAUGUAUGUAUAUAUUAUUAUUACACAGCUGCAUCCUUACCGUAUGUCAUACGCGAUCGUGAGUAAUGCACUUAACAUUUUACUACAAAGCAAUGAGUACAUAGGCAGAGGUGUAUUGAAACUUGAGGUAAUUCUAAAGCGGUAAUAUUAACAAGGAGAAGUAUAAUUGGGAUGAUUACAGUAACAAAGAAUCAUGGAAAUAAUGGUUUCAAGGAAACAUAUAUGUUAAUAUUAUUCUAAAGAAAUGGCCCAAUUUCAGUAUAAACAUUACAUUAUUACUAUUAAUAUUUUCAAUAAAAUAAAAGCGCAAAAUUCUGAUUGAGCAGCAUAGACAACCUCAUUGACCGUAAUCCAUACGUCCUCACCAGUAUGGAGGUUAAAAAAAAUUGGCUAUUAAACAUUUAUUACUUACAAAAAAUAUUAUUACGCAAUAUAAAGUAAAUAUUUAUUUGUUAUAUUAUACAUAUAAAUAAAAUGUUACAAAAUACGAUAUUUCACUAAAAAUCUUUUUUAAUUAUUUGGCUGAAUGGAACUAUCAUUGCCAUGCUGGCUGUCGUAAACAGAAAAAAAUUAAAUAGUAAAACUGGCGGGGUAAUUUCACUCAACAUGUAAUAUAUAGUGCUGAAUUAACAAUAUCAUUCGGGUUCGAGUGAAAAUUCGUAACUGUAAGUAUGUAAUAGUACAUUAUUGUCGAGGCUCGGAAGUAGCUACUUGCUGGCUAAGGAUUC